UGAAGUGAGCACUUCUUGACAUUUAUAUUCGAUUGAUUACACAACACAACUUGUUGCUGGCUAUAAAAACAUCAAUUUGUCUUAUCUAAAGAACAACAUCGAAAUAUAUCAUUGAGUUGAACCGGAAACCAUUGCAAGAAGGAGUAGUUUAUCGGUCGAAGAAGUUGAUUCACAAAAUUGCCACCUUUUUCUUGUGAAAAUGUCGCCUGUACCUACAGUGAAACUGAACAAUGGAUACGAGAUUCCGGUCCUCGGUCUGGGCACUUAUAAAGCACUCGGCGGAGAAGUGGAACAAGCGGUUAAAGACGCAAUCGAUUGUAAUUACCGGCAUAUAGAUACAGCCUAUCUGUACGGAAACGAAACGGAAGUGGGGAAUGCAGUUCGGGCCAAGAUUGCCGAGAAUGUGAUCAAACGUGAAGACAUGUUCAUUGUUACGAAGUUGUGGUCCAAUUUUCAUGAACCGGACAAAGUUGAGUACGCGUGCCGGCUAUCGCUGAACAAUUUGAAUUUGGAUUACAUUGAUUUGUAUCUGAUUCACUGGCCAUUCAGUUUUCCGUACAUCAGUGAUAAGGAUUCGAUGCCGUUGGAUGAGCAUGGUGUCGUUCUAGUGAAUGACGACCUCGAUAUAUUGGAUACGUACAAGGCGAUGGAAAAACUCGUCGAGAAGGGAUUGGUGCGAAGCAUUGGUCUCUCCAAUUUCAAUAGUGAACAAAUUGCUCACAUCCUGAAUGGAUGCACCAUCAAACCGGUGAUGAAUCAAGUCGAAUUCUCUCCGGCACUGAACCAGAAAAAGUUGAUCGAAUUUUGUAAAGACCGUGACAUUAUCGUCACAGCAUUUUCACCGUUGGGCAGACCGAAUCCGCAGCUCAAGACUCCGAGUUUCAUUUUCGAUGAAAAGGUCAUUGCCAUUGGAACAAAGUACAAUAAAACGCCGGCUCAGGUGGUUCUACGGUAUUUGAUUCAAUACGGAGCGGUUCCGGUGCCAAAGUCACAGACAAAAGGUCGAAUUCAGCAGAAUAUAGACGUUUUCGAUUUCGAACUUACGCCGGAGGAGAUCAGUAUUUUAGACGGAUUCAAUACUGGCCACCGAAUUGCUCUUCUACCGGCGCUGAAGCACUCCAAAUAUUAUCCAUUCAGCAUCGAGUUUUGAUUUAAUAAAAAAACAAAUCCGGGAAACA